AUGGAAAGAAUAUUUACUCAAGCCACUAAGAGAAUCAAUCCCAAAAUAUUAGCCUUAGCUUAAAACUAUAUUCCACCUGGAUAAAAAGACGUCCCAGCUUAACCACUUAUAUUUACAAAGCCUCACUCUUCUAUUUUAUACAAGGGAGAGAAUCUUAUAUUAAAUUCUAAAAACUAAAUAAAUUAUGAAAUUGAAUUAGGAGUGAUGAUUGGUAAAUCUGGAAAAAACAUAGCUAAACAGUAGGCCUUUGAUUAUAUCGGAGGAUACUUUUUGUGCCUAGAUAUGACAGAUUGGGAUAUGUAAAAAGCUAAUCGCAAAAAUGGUUUCCCUUGGGAUAUUGGCAAAGGCCAAGAUGGAUUUUUACCAAUUAGCGAUUUUAUUGAGAAAAAAGAUAUUAAAGAUCCUCAUAAUAUUAACUUAAAACUCUAAAUAAACUAGAAAAGUGAAGUCGAUGACAAUACUAAAAAUAUGUACUUCAAGAUUGAUGAUAUUAUCUAGUAUGUAAGCUAAUACAUGACUUUAAAUCCAGGAGACUUAAUUUUAACAGGCACACCUAAAUUAGCUCCUGUUGAAAACGGUGAUAAAUUAUUUGCCACUUUACACUAAGAUGGCAGAUAGAUGGCUUAAAUAAAUGUUGAUGUUUUCAGAAAUGGUUGA